UCAGAUCAGAGGGAUGGUUUAGUUUUAAGACCCAGGAGGAACCUCUUUUUUUAAAAUACUAAAUCUUUAAGGAGGGGGAAACACUUUUUUAAAAAAGAGAGGCAUUCAGCCAAUUCUCUGGAGUGCAUCCGGAUUUUUGUACGCCACUUGGUGUCGUUCCUUGCAUUAAAAAAAAAACAGAAGCAAUCCACCGCUGGACAGCUUUCACGGCCGACAGCUCAUGAAAAGGGGAGAGACAGGAAUUAAGCAGCGAGAAUCUUUUCCCAGCGAACGAAAAAUGUCCAUCUGUGUUCACCGACGACUGCACGCCGACACCGGCCUCUUCGAAGAGCCAUCUUCGGUCCCUGCUGGAUGCUGUCAACUGGAUAAAUGAGAGCGCGGAAAGAUCCGCCUGGUUGAUCCUGCCCUGGAAACCCCCCUGUGUUGCUCUAAAACAUUGCCAAGGGGGCAGCUCACCCCCAGGGAGAGGUCUCCUUUGGAGUCAGAAUCAGAGAGAGUCAAGUUGGGCAAGACUUUGAGAGAUCCUCCGGUCCAUCUCUGUUGGUACCUGAGGAUCUUUGGUACCUGAGGAGUCUCAGCUACAGGGAAGAGAGCCGAGGCCCAGACCAUGAGGGACCUGAGCAUCGGUGUGGGAUACCGGCUGGCCUUGUGCACCUGGCUUUUGGCAACCGGACCUCUUCAGGUCACGGAGGGUGGCUGCGCCAACCGUGGGAUCCACAAGUGCUGCCCGGGCCGUAAUAACGACUGCUCCGACUUCUCUCUCCGGAAAACCCCGUGUUACUGCGACAGCUACUGCGAGAAGACCGGGGACUGUUGUGAGGAUUAUCACGCCGUUUGUCAAAUCUCAGCAGCGGUUGACUGUGUGGUUGGUCCCUGGGGAGCAUGGAGCGAAUGCAGCUCUUUCUGUGGCCCUGGCAGCAAAGAACGGACGCGGCAGGUCACCCUUCCACCUCGAAAUGGAGGAACACCCUGUCCGGACCUCAGGCAGAGGAGAGGGUGCCUAGGUGAUAAUCCAGUCUGUGAGACAGCCAAAGAAGUGGCUAAGAUUCUGCCUGGUUCUUUUAAAAGGGACUUUAAGGAUCCUUGGAGAAGACCUUACAUGUUAAUGACAGAGAGGCUGCCAAGUUACUGCAUCUACUUCCGUCUGAAGCAGGCAAGUGUGUCCUGCCAUCUGCACCUCUGGAGCCGCCAACUGGCGAGAGACAGGCGUGUCUGUGUGGAGUGCCAGGGCAGUGCCAUGAGCAGCAGCAAACGAUGCCAAGGGGAUGGCCUGCGAGGAUCCAGAACAUUCUGGACCGCAGCUUCUAUCGCUGGCUGCCAGGGAUCCUGGGUGCAAGAGGCUUCACAAGAGAACUGUGUGUGCCCUCCAUUUUCCUUCAUCUUUGUGUGACCUUCCACCAUGUUGGCUGACAAUCAUGACAGAAAGAGAGAGAGAGAGAGAAGGAUGCACACCAACCACAAAUCUUGAUUUUGCUAAAUAACAGGCUGAAAAAGCAAAGGGGGACAUGAAUGCAAAUCGUAUGUUGCUUUAUACUUCACACUUAUUAUAAAUCCGUGUCUUAUUCACCUGGGUCAAUACACACGCACACACACACACAUUUUAUAUUGACACCCUAACUAUAUAAUCUUUCAAGCACAAGCAUUUUCUUCUUUGAACAACAGAAAACAACAAAAGUGCAUACCUCUGGGGGGAAAAUUCCACCUACCACCAUUAAAACUGAAGACAAUGUAUGUUUGUGUUUUCUGAUCUAUCACAUAUUUUUAUCUAGGUGAAGGAGUAAACAGUAGCUUCCUGCUUUUUUGUG